AUGAUGGGAUUUUGGUUCCUGGCUCUCGCCAGCACCCUGUUGUUGCCGAAGGUGUCUUCAAGCUCGGAAGAUGAUUCUGUCGAGGUUGUUGACUGCAUGACUGAGCUCAAUAAGGUGAGAGAGAGUGUGGGGCUCCCCAAAUUUAGUACCUUCAAGGAUAGAACCCCAAACUAUGGGGACGAAGAAGCGAACGACGACGUGGCCCUGUGCAACGCCCUUGAAAAGGGAGGUGAUCCCCAUGUAUCGAUGCCUACUCUGGGAGUGAGCCUGGCGGCAAUGGUGCAGGAGGGGGAGUCGCGGGAUUGUGCGGCGGCCGUGCGGUACUGGAAAGAUGCAUAUUCGCAGUUCGGAUCUUCCUUGCCUCCUCCCUACGAGAGAGGAGUUAAGCCUUAUGACGACUGGCGCAUACUUUCCUUCAUGGCGCUCUUCACCACGCAGGAUGACCCAGCAGCCACUUGCGUAAAUAUUAAGUGCCCACCGCGGCCAUCCAACGAGGAAGAGCCAACACCUCCUGAUGUUAGCGGCACGCCCACCACCCUGCAAUUGCCCUCGCAAGACGAGGAAGGCAAAAGCAGGGCACAGGCUUCAAAUCCAGCUGCACAGACGAGACGGCUUGCUGCACAGUUCAGAGCUCUUCUGUGCAUAAUUGAUCCGGUCGCCUUGACUCAGGGAAAGGCGCCAUUCACGGAGAGCCAGUGGGUCAAGAUACGCCAAGUGCUACAGAGCUCAUCACCGGUGGUUUCGCCAACAUUUAUUACCUUGGCAGCUGCUUUGCUUGGUAUAUCGCUGAUAUAG